UUAGCUUCAACUGGUUUGAAAGUGCGUCAAGGCGUCUUGCGUGUUACUAGGAACGGCGACCGAUCAUGGAAGACAUCAUCCCGUGUCUCGACGAGGAGCCGAAGGCAGAGGAGCCCGCUCCGUCGGUCAAAUCGGACACCAGCGAGCCCGAACCCGAGACCCCAAAUGGCGUCAAGACGGAUUCUGAAGAGUCUAAGCCCAGUAAAGAGAAACACGAAGGGAAAGAGAAGUCCUCCGGAAGCAGAAGAGGAGGCCGCCACCAUCCUUACAAAGACAAACAUGGUGGCGAAAAGAAGGGUGGUCAAAGGAACCGGGUGUUCAUCAGCAACAUCCCCUAUGACAUGAAAUGGCAGGCAAUUAAAGAUCUGAUGCGCGAUAAAGUCGGUGAGGUUACAUACGUGGAGCUCUUUAAGGAUGCGGAAGGAAAGUCAAGGGGUUGUGGUGUUGUGGACUUCAAAGAUGAAGAGUUUGUGAGCAAGGCAGUAGAAACUAUGAAUAAAUAUGACUUGAGUGGAAGGCCGCUCAACAUUAAGGAGGACCCUGAUGGGGAGCACGCCCGACGUGUGCUGCAGCGCAUGGGAGGCCCGCAAGGAGGCAGGGGGCAGGACAUGGGCCCUAGUGGAAUGAACAUCCCCCCUUCCAUCGCUAACAAUCCCAACAUUCCACCUGAAAUCAAGCACGCAUUGCAAACAGGUCGACUGGGCAGCACAGUGUUUGUGGCCAAUCUUGAUUUCAAGGUCGGCUGGAAGAAGCUCAAGGAAGUGUUCAACAUGGCAGGCGUCGUAAAACGGGCUGACGUGAAAGAGGACAAGGACGGCAAGAGCCGCGGGAUGGGAACUGUGACUUUUGAGCAGCCGCUGGAGGCCCUGCAGGCCAUAUCCAUGUUCAAUGGACAGAUGCUCUUUGACAGACAAAUGCAUGUUAAAAUGGAUGAGAAAUCCAUUCCCCCAGAUGAUUAUCGGCAAAUGGAAAAAACACCCCAAUUACCACGAGGUCUGUCUGGUAUUGGAAUGGGAUUAGGACCAGGAGGGCAGCCUAUUAAUGCCAACCAUCUGAGCAGUGGAGGAGGCAUGGGCCCAGGAGGGAUGGAUGGUCCAAAUUAUGGUGGAAUGAACAGACUUGGAGCUGGAAUGGGUGUUGGUGGGGGGUUUGGAGGCAUGGAUAACAUGGCCAACAUGGUUAAUUUUGGAGGAAGAGACAUGAUGCCGAUGGGCAGGAUGGGCGAUAUGUACCGUUCAAGAAUGGGCGGAAUGGAUCGUGAUUUCGGCAACUGUGACAUGCCAAUGAAUCGUGGAUAUGGAGAUUCGUUUGGAGGAAUCGGUUCUGGAAUGGGCAGUAUGGGGAUGGAUCGCAUGGGUUCAGGCUUUGACCGCAUGGGAAUGUCAGGAAUGGACAUGAACCGAGGAUUUGGAGGUGGCGGCCCGGGUCAGAUGGGCAUGUCAGACAGAGGCUUUGGGCCAAAAGGAGGUUGUCAGAUCUUUGUACGAAAUCUCUCCUACGAACUCACAUGGCAAAAGCUGAAAGAGAAGUUCAGUCAUUGUGGCCAUGUGAUGUUUGCGGACAUUAAGAUGGAGAACGGCAAGUCAAAGGGCUGCGGAACUGUCAGAUUCGACUCUCCUGAGAGUGCAGAGAAAGCCUGCCGCAUGAUGAAUGGAACAAAGAUCAAUGGCCGAGAGGUGGACGUCCGUAUUGAUCGUAAUGCCUAGACUUUUUUUUUUUUUUUUUGUAAGAACCCACUCACUCGUUUCCACAUUUCAAGCCUCUUUUUGCCAGCGAGCUCUUGUUUUGUUUUAAAAACACAAUGACGUUGCUUCAUCAAAGUUCACACUCAUUUGUUUCUGUUAAUAUAUACAACAAUAGGUCCUCUUAUCUUUGUUUUGUAAUCCUUUUUUAAUUGUCUGGCAGUUUGUUUGAACA